ACAAAUAAACCAUUGACCCAACUGGUGUUUGAGAUGGCGGAACCAGGCCCCUUAAACAUAAGGCUUUUUGUACAUGAGAAGACAACCUGGUGCCAAGUGUUUAUUUAAAGGGCGUGUGGAUAUGGGCAAUCGGGUGUCUCGGAUGGUGUAGGUGCAAUGACUGUGCUUCAAUAGGCUUUGCAUAAGGGGCAGAAUAACUGUGUGUUGAUUUGAUCAUGUGACACAGGCCCCCCGACAGAGCAGUCCACAUAAAACGCAUUCUUUGUGUUGCUAUUUUCAAUCAAUGUAUUAUUUAAACGACAACGCCUCCUUUUAUUUUAUUUUGACUUCUGUUGUUUUGUUCCCUCAGCACACUCUAGCGUUUAGGGUGUUUUUACAAACGGUUCUUUUUUCUAAACAGGGUUUUGAAAUUUGCUGAAAGAAGAAAAUGUUAAAUAUAUUUAUCCAAUGGUCUGAUUCUUUCAUCUCACACUCUGUCUUGGGUCCUCUGCCUCUGUCACUUUGUCCACCUAUUCUGCCACUUGAGCUAGUCUGGGCCACCCUCCUUUGCUGCCUACUGCCUGUGUCCUGCAAAGAGUCUAGGGGUGGGAGGCUGCAGACAAUACUUUACUUUGUGUGACAAAAUAACACCAGGUGAGAUGCCAGUCUGGAGAUUGUGGAAGAUAGAACGGGGCUACACGUCUCAGGUCUUGGUGUGUCAACUGCAAGUGAGUCACAGCAGUUAAUUAAUAUUUUUCAUCUGUGUUCUUCAUACAGGGACUGUGCACCAUAGAAAUGACCUGGUCAAAUUGCACUGAAGCAACAGAAUUCAUUUUCUCAGGAUUCACAGAUCGUCCAGAGUUUCAGAUCACCCUCUUUGUGGUGUUCCUAGUGAUCUAUGCGGUCACCCUGCUGGGGAAUCUUGGGAUGAUCAUACUAAUCAGGCUGGAUUCUCAGCUACAUGUUCCCAUGUACUUUUUCCUCAGUAAUUUGGCUUUUGUAGAUUUCUGGUAUUCCACAUUCAUCACCCCCAAGUUCUUAGCUGACCUGAUAGCAGAGAGAAAAGUCAUAUCUUAUGCUGCAUGUGUAUGUCAAUACUGUUUUGUCAGUUUUUUUGGGGUUACUGAGUGUUUCCUCCUGGCUGUUAUGGCAUACGAUCGUUACAUGGCCAUCUGUAACCCACUGCUUUAUACAGCUCUCAUGUCCCCGAGACUCUGUGUCCAGCUGGUGGCUGGGUCAUUCCUAGCUGGGUUUCUAAAUGGAAUGAUCCAAAUUAUUACCGCGUUAAAAUUAUCCUUCUGUGGCCCCAAUGUCAUUGACCUGUUCUUCUGUGACAUCUCCCCACUGUUAUCACUCUCCUGCUCCGAUACCACCAUCUAUCACAUGAUCCUUUUGGCCGUGGCUUGUGUGACUGGGGUGUUCACCAGCCUGAUUAUCCUCAUCUCCUAUGUUUUCAUCCUCUCCACCAUCCUGAAGAUCAGGUCCACCGAGGGGAAGCGCAAAGGGUUCAACACCUGCACCUCCCACUUGACAGCCGUCACCAUAUUCUAUGGCACUGCUCUAUUUAUCUAUAUGCAGCCCAACACCAAACAUUCACGGGGUCAGGAAAAAGUGGUCUCAGUGUUCUAUACGAUGGUAACCCCCAUGUUGAACCCCUUGAUCUACAGCCUGAGGAACAAAGAGGUGAAGAACGCUUUGAAAAGGGUCAUAGAACUGAGUUUUUUUUCCCUAGGGAGGUAAAUUUAUGAGCAAAUGGUGAUAACUUCUGAUGAGCGAACAUCUGCGUUAGUAUGAAAACAAC